AUGGGUCGCGAACUACAGAAGAAGAAGCGCCGCUCCGGCCGCCCCCCCAUCCGCCAGUCAAACAAGACCAAGAAGAUCCUCAACCCGCGCGGCAACUCUGUCAUUGCAAAGAACUGGGACAAGAAGGAGACGCUGGCGCAAAACUACCGCCGACUAGGCCUCCUCGCACGCCUCAAGACCCCCACCGGCGGCACCGAAAAGAAGCUCUCCUCAGAACCGUCAGCAGCACCCGCCACUACGACCUCAAAACCGGACCCCUUCGCCAUCACGACGGGCGAGCGGGCCGUUCUCUCCGAAGCAAAGGUCGAGCGCGACGCCGCCGGCAACAUCGUCCGCGUCCUCGGCCGCAAGGCGAACCCGCUGAAUGACCCGCUCGCCGAGCUCGACUCCUCCGGCGACGAGCAGGACGACGGAGACGAUGGCGAAGAAUGGGGCGGCAUCCACGAUGACGGCGUGGGCACGACGGAAGUGGUCAAGUCGCUCAUCGAGGAGGCCAAGAACCCGGCGCCGCCCAAGGUCCGGUACCUGAGCGAGCGCGAGACGGAGUGGUUGGAGACGCUGGUGGCCAAGUAUGGCGAUGAUACGAGGGCUAUGGCGAGGGAUAUGAAGCUUAAUCCCAUGCAGCAGACGGCGGCGGAUAUCGCCAAGAGGUUGAAGAAGUUGAAGGCGCAAAAGGAGUAG